AUGGAUCAACCUACCGAUGUAAGAAAUCUGGAAAUCGGAAUGCAGGCAACUACAUCCAGUUCUUCAGCCGUUGAUCAUCAACAUACUUUCGUAGUUGAAAAUCUGGAGGGACGGAUUCGUGAUAGUGUCAAAUUAAGCAGUAUACCAUCGGAUGAAAGUCGAUCCUCGUUGCAGAGUAUCUCAAAUAGUCUUGUACCUGAUCCCGAGGUCUUGACAAGUCUUGAGAGCUAUGCAAAAACCAUUUCAACUAAUAUAGAUGUUGUAUUACGUGAUUUACGUGGCUCACUGAACGGAAUGAGUGAGUUAACUGUUCAAUCCAUGGAAUGUUUUGCUGAUGCAAUAUCUGCUACCUGUAAUUCGGUGGAUGCUACCAUUAAAAAUACUUAUGCCUUGCUAGCAAAAGUUGAGGAAGUCAAUGAAGCAAUGGUUGGCAUACGAAAAUUGUCCCAACAAGUGAAAGAUAUAAAACGUGUUGUGGAUUUGUUUGAAACACAGCUGGUAACAGGUGCGAUGAUGUAG